AGCCUCGAUGAACGAAGAGGCGAGAUAGCCAGCUCGGAGGGCGAAAACUCACCCAGUGCUAUCACCCGACGCCUGUCGCUGCGCCUCGCCUUUCCUCAAGAUGCCACAUCCGCCCGCGUUCUGCUGCUGCUGCUGGAUACGUCCAUGCUCGUCGAGCAAGCGGGCACUCAGCAGGCUCAUCUGCGGCGGCGAGGCGACAUGCAGUGUGCCUUUGGCAGCUGGAGGAGGGCAUUCGCACGUGCUCGCAUGGCUCGAGAGCGAGUGCCGCGCUCGCUCUGCGGCACUCGUGCUCUCUGCCGCCGAGUUGUACGCGCUGGCACUGGCACUGGCACUGGCGCUGGCACUGGCAUCGGUGUCGGAGCGCGAGAGACUGGGCGUGCGCAGCUGCGUGCGCGUCGAUGUCGAGGGCGAGCUGGGCGCCCCGACGCCGGUGCCGCCGCUGUGCGCGCCGUGACGGCCUGCCAGAGCAUGGCUGCUGGACGAAGGCGAGAGCGGAGAGAGGGGCGAAUGCAGUCCGCGCGGUGCGGGCAGCGGACGCUUGGAGAAGACUAGUGGAUCAAAGCGUGGCGGCGGCGGCGCAGCGGCGGCGGCCUCGUCGUGCGGUGCAGAUCGC